AGACGAAUCGGGCAUCUAUGUUGAUCCUUUUAUAAAUAUCACCAUCACUUAGCACUACAUCGCCUUGAAAGCGUGUGUUGUGUACAAAUUUUAGAGUCUGCAACUGCAAGUCUUUCUCUCGUUGUCCUUCAGGUGCAUGGCUCUUAAGGAGAUGAAAAUUAGUGUCAAAGAAUCAAGCAUUGUACUGCCUGCAAAAGAUACACCAAGAACAAGCAUAUGGACUUCAAACUUAGACCUUUUAGUUCCAACAAUUCACAUCCCAACAGUAUACUUCUACAAGCCAAACGGUGCUUCUAACUUUUUCGACUCUGAGGUCCUUAAGAAAGCUCUAAGCCACGUUCUGGUUCCCUUUUACCCAUUGGCAGGGAGGUUACGUACUGAUAAAAAUGGUAGAAUUGAUAUAGAGUGUAAUGCAAAGGGAGUGUUGUUCGUCGAAGCUGAAACAGGUUCUGUUAUAGAUGAUUUUGGUGAUUUUACUCCUAGCUUGAAGAUGAUGCAACUUGUUCCAACUAUGGAUGGCUAUUCAUCGGAGGAUAUCUCUUCUUACCCAUUACUGGCCGUACAGGUAACCUAUUUCAGAUGUGGAGGGGUAUGUCUUGGUGUGUGCCUGCAUCAUACCGUAGCAGAUGGUACUUCUGCCAUCCAUUUCAUCAAUUCAUGGUCUGAGAUAACACGUGGCAACUCCAUUACCCUUUCACCGUUCAUCGAGCGGACACUACUUAGUGCUCGAAUUCCGCCCACUCCUACUUUCCAUCAUGUAGAGUAUGAUCCCCCUCCGUCCAUGAUCACCCCUAUCAAAUUAAACGCUAAACCCACUUCAACUAAAAUACUCAGGAUCACACCUGAUCAGCUCACCACUCUCAAGUCGAAGUUUAAAAAAAAUGAGAACGGAAUGGUUCGCCACAGCACUUACGAAACCCUAGCUGCACAUAUUUGGCGUUGCAUGUGCAAGGCACGUGGCCUAUCCAAUGACCAAGCUACAAAACUCUAUAUUGCAACUGAUGGACGGUUCAGAUUGCGUCCUCCAUUACCACGCGGUUACUUUGGCAAUGUUUUAUUUACCGCUACAGUAAAAACCUCAUCUGAGGAAGUCCAAUCAAACCCAUUGAAGAUAGUAGAAAAAAUCCAUUCAGCACUAAAAGGAAUGGAUGAUGAAUAUUUAAGAUCAGCCCUUGAUUUUUUACAAAUGCAGCCUGAUCUAACGGCUCUGAAGCGAGGGGCCAGCACAUUCAGGAGUCCAAAUCUGAAUAUUGUGAGUUGGAUGAAACUCCCUAUACAUGAAGCGGAUUUUGGGUGGAGCCGGCCCAUUUUCAUGGGCCCAGCAAGUGUCGUUUUCGAAGGAAUGGGAUAUGUUUUGCCAAGUCCGAGAAAUGAUGGGAGUCUAAGGUUAAUUAUUUGUCUGGAGACAGACCAUAUACAACUCUUUCAAGCCUACUUUUAUGAGUUGUAGGUACACUUGUAUUUCAA